AUGCAAUGUAGUAAAUAGAAUAUUGUAAGAAAUAUAUUAAUAAACGUACCGUUUUAUAGUUCUUUAAAUACAAAAUAGUCGUAAAUUGUUAUAUGUUUAAUGUUAGACAUCUGUUAUUAAAUUAUAUGUUUAAUAAUAGAAAUAAUUGUAUAAUAAUGACGACAGAAUUCAUAUUCAUUCUGUAAAUUUAUAACAUACUCAAAAUCAUAAAUGAGAUCGCUAAAAAGGGAACAAAAUUAAAAUAUAUAUCGUUAUCACUUACUUGUAUUAUGUGACAUACGAUAUAAAUGUGAAGUCACGUAUAAACAUAACCUAAAAAUUGCAAUAGAAAUAUUACGUACCGCAAUCUAAUAAAUAUUAUCAAGAAAAUUUUCUUAUCAGUUGCAAAUUUCCUGUAAUGAUAAAAUUAUUUAUAGAAUUUGUUUAAAUUUUCAUUUAAAUCUUUGAUUACUAUUAACUUUAAAGUAUAAACAUAAGUAAUUAAUAUAAUUUUAUCUUUUAAUAAUUAGAAUUUAUAAUAUAUUUGAUAUAUUUAUUGUUUAAAAAACAUCAAUUUUAAUUUUGUAAAAAUCAAAUUUAAUCAUAGACAAAAUACAAAUAUUGAAUAAAAUUAAUAGUUAUAAAUAGUAAUAAAUACUGUACAUAUUUUUCUACUUAAUAUUUUUGUAUAUUUGUACAUUUUAAUAAAUAUAUUUGUAUUAUUUGUGUAUUUUAAUAAAAAUAAAAGUCAUUGACCAUAAGUUUUUAUUUUAAAGUAUAUUUACACCAAGUAAUAAUGUCAAAUAAAAAAUUCAAAUAUUUUAUAUAUAUUAAAAAUUGUUUUGUAUAAUCUUUUUAAAAAUUGUUCAUUUAUACUCGGUAUAAAUGAAAUAUACAUAUAUAAUUAUUUUUUAUUUUAUAAAAUAUAUUUUAAAAAAUUAGUAAAUAAAAUUGUUUACCAGUUAAAUGUAGAUUAAUUUAUACAUUCAUUUAUCAAAAAUUUGAUAUUUUUACUAUGAUUUGAAGACAUAUUCCAAAUUUAAAAUAAGAAAAUACAAUGAUUUUAAAUACAUAAAUUAAAAAUAAUUCAAUGAAACAUUAACAUAUUACCCAAUUAAUGAUGAUAUUUUUCUUUCAUUCUACUUAAUUGGAAUGUCUUCAAUUCAUUAUUAUAUUAUAUUCUAAUAAGAAUUUGUCGUAUACAUUAAUUGAUGAAUACACAUAUACAGGAUAAUUAGAAAAACAGUAUGUUACAGUUGACCUAAAUAUAAUCAAUUGCAUAUUUUUAUUGUACAUAUAUAAUUAACCGCUUUUUAUUUAUAUGUUAUCUACGGUCGCUACGUCCACCAUUUCUAUAUCCCCCACGACCACGAGAAUUAGUUUUUGUUGUAACAGUUGUUUUUGUUGUUGAAUCUCCAGAAUAUCUAGCAGAUCCCCCUGGAAGUCCUGAGGUAUUACCACUAUUUCCACCAGUGCUAUUAUUAUUAUUGUUCCCACUCUUUGUUGCAGAACUACCAGAAGUACCACUAAUAAUGGACGUGGACGAAUCCUUAGAUCCGAAAGAAUUAAAAGUUACUCUCGAAACGUAUAAAAAAUUGGCAAAUGAUUUUGCAAAUCAUGAUACAAUUUUGAAGGAUAAAACCGUUUUGUCAUAUGUAGCAUACGUUUUAGAAGUACCCGAUAUUGAGAUUGUUAAUUUGAGUUUAGAUAUUUUGGAAUUAUUUGUUAAAAAUGUGGAUAAUUAUGUACAUAUCACCUCUACUUUUGGAGUUCGUGAAGCAUUAGACGCAAUUAUAAAUAAAUAUAAUGUAGAUGAACCAAAGAUAUCUAAACGAGCGCAAUGUAUAAAAGAUGAUGUAGAAAGAAUGAAACCACCAAUAUAUAAUUUACGUAGCAGGUGUAGGAGAGUCAUAGAACCUAAAAAGUUAAAGACCCAUGUGAUUGUAUUACAUGUUCAAGGUUUAUUACCGGAAACUCGAGCAGAGCUAGAGGCAAUAUUAAUAAGAAUUAAUGGACUAGUUUCUCUUGUAGUUGAUGUAGAACAUCAGCGUGUUACAAUGCGUACUUUAAGUUAUGUUACCGCAAAACAAAUUGCAGAAGCAAUACAAAAAAAUUCCGAGAACAUGGAAGCAAGAUUAGUAACAAGAAAUAAAUUUAAUCAAGAGUAUCUUGUUAAAUUGAUUCAUACAGGAAAUAAUGGUGAUACUGAAGACAUGCCAGAUUACUUACCUGAAGAAGAUGAGCAAGAAGAUGAAAAAGAAGGAGUUGUAUCGCUAUUGACUGGAUUAAGACAAAGUGCUUCGUCAUUAUACAAAUCUACUGCUGAAUUUCUACAUAAUUCAUUUUAUUGGUAAAUUUGUAAAAUCCAAUAUAUUAAAUACUACUUUUUAUUCUAUUAUCAAUGAACAAUUUAAUAGAAAUAUAAUUAUGAAAUUAUAAUUAUUUACAAACAUGCUUGCAUUUUACUAUAUUUAUAUUAUAUUAUCAGUCGAUGAUAAUUUGAUAUUUUCAAAUUUUUAUUUUGACAUUGAAUUUCAAAUUACUCAUUUUUUACGGCAUUUAGUUUAUUAAGUUUCACUCAAAUAUUCGUUAUACUUAAUAAAAUAGCUUGAAUACUAAGAAAUGCAACUAAAUUUAGUUCUUAUUACAUUUGACAAAAAUCAGAUACUCAUUGUUCAUUUUUUAUUAAAAUGUACAUAUGUAUUAAAAUUUGUAAUUAAGCAGAAUGACGAAAUAUAGAAAUUGCAAUGUCUAAGUAUUUACUUGAACUUUUACAUGUUCAAUGAUAGAAUGAAAGACGUUGUAAUUAUUAAUUUGAUAAUUGUUUUAUGCUGAAUCGGUAUCGACUAGUAACAAGCGAAAAAUAAUUUAUUUUAUAUUAUGUUUAACAUAUAUAAUAAUUAAAAUAUCAAAUUGUUUGUAUUUAUAGCAAUUUUUUUCUUGAUAGUAAGGUCUUUUUACCAUGAUAUGUAUAUUUUGUUGUUAAAAAUAGGCUGUGCAAAUAUUUAUUGUAUCUUAAUAAGUUAAUGUAUAUUUACAUAUAAAGUAAAAUAAUAACUUAACGUUUACUUAAAUAGAAGUUUCAAGUUAUAUAACUGGUUCCUA